AAGAAAAAAAAUAAAAUAAUUUAAAAUAAAACAUAAAACAUAAAAAAUAUGUCAUAAGUCGCCAAAGCUAAAUCUUAAGCCAAAUCAUAAAUAAGCUAAUAAAAUUAAUCUAAAGCAUCUUAAAAUAGUAAAGUAAAAAAUACUGUAACGCGUGCCGAAGCAAUCUAAUAAAGAGAACAAUUACGUUAAAAAGUCCUCUCUAUAUUUAUAAAAGAUUACGCCAAAAACAAUAAAAACCUUCAAGCUGCUAUAGAACAUGAAGUAGAUGAUUUUUUCAAAAACUAAAAGGUAACUGAAGCCAACCUUAAGGAUUUAAAAGACCGUGUAUUGUCUAUAAUUAACAACAAGCAACCAUCUUAAGCUUCCCGAAGUCAAUAAGGUGACCCUAGCGAAAAGCAUCAUCAUUAAAACAACUAACAAAGCUAUUAAAAACAGUACUAAAACCCUCAUCAAGACGAAGUAAGGUCCUAAGUCUCCCAUAAACCUUCCUAAGCUGGCCAUGAUGACAACGUAUCUUAGACUUCCUCGAAAGCCCCUCAAAGUGUUUAUUACAUGGAGGGCGAUGAAGACGAUGAGUGGGCUACUUUAGUUAAAUUCGACUCUGAAUUAUACAAAAAGGAGCUUGAACUUUAAAAACAUCGUGAUUAAGAAUUCAAGAAAAAGAUGAAAAAUGAACUAGAUAAGUAACUAAACGAAAAAAUCAAUAGAAAAUCAAUGGAAAAGCAAGAAGAAAGUGCAUAUGUAUAACUAUAAGGACAUCAACUUAAGGUAUAUGAUGAAAGGGAAAAAGAAAAAGAACAAGAAAGACAUAAUAAAAUAAUGAAUGAAAAAAGAUAAAGAGACAAGCAAGUUUAGGACGAGAAUCAAAGGAAAAAACACGAAAAAAAAAGGGAAAAAGAACUCGAUUAAAUGCUAGUUCAAAGAAUUAUUGAAGAAAAAGAAAUAGAAGAAAAAGAACUUAAAAGUAAAAAAGAAAAAGAAAGAGCUAGGCUAUUAUAAAUGAUGAAAGAAAAUGAAGAAUAUAGACUUAAAAGUUAAUAAGAAGUAUUAUAAGAAAAAUAAAAUGAUGUAGAAUUAUAAAAAGAAUAUACAAGAUUAACUGAAUAAAUGGAAUAAUAAAGGGAAAACGAAAAAAAAUAACGAGAAGAUAAAAUAAAAGCCAUAAUGAGUGCCUUUGCAGAUUCUGUAGUGAAAGAUUAAAAAGCAGUAAUACGCGAAGAAGAUGAAAAAAUGAUGAAACAUAUUUUAGAUUAAAACGAAAAAGCCAGACUAGAAGAAUUAAGGAGAUUAGAAUAAAUAAAACAUUAAAAGUAAGAAAUGAGAGAAUUUUUAUCCAAAUAAACUGAUGAAAAAAAAAGAAAAAUAUACAAGAAGAUGAGAUUAAUAAAAAAUAAGCAGAAAUCUGGAAAAAAGAUAGAGAAAA